CAUUAUUAACUCCUAAAUAUCAGAACCAAAGCACCAAUCUAAUAAGCGUGGUUUCGUGCUUCAGUUUUUCAUAGAAGGAGCUUUCCAAUCCUUCCUGGAAUGCAGUGCUUCUUCUCUUGUUGAAUCCAUUGCUUUGUUUGUUGAGUUUUCCAGCUCUCUCUCGUGUAUACGUGAAGUGAUCAAGUGUUUGAAGAUGACGGUCACACCUAAGAUCUCUGUUAACGAUGGGAACCUGGUUGUCCAUGGCAAGACCAUAUUGACUGGGGUGCCUGACAACGUUGUGCUGACUCCAGGAUCUGGGAAGGGCCUUGUUGCUGGUGCAUUUGUUGGUGCUACAGCUUCACAUAGCAAAUGCCUUCAUGUUUUCCCCAUGGGUGUUUUACAGGGACAACGGUUCAUGUGUCUUUUCCGGUUCAAGUUAUGGUGGAUGACGCAAAGAAUGGGAACUUGUGGGAGGGAUGUCCCUCUAGAGACUCAAUUCAUGCUUAUCGAAAGCAAAGACAGCGAAGGUGAUGAGGAGAAUUCUCCUACCAUCUACACUGUCUUGCUUCCUCUCCUAGAGGGUCCAUUCCGAGCUGUUCUACAAGGCAAUGACAAAAACGAGAUAGAGAUAUGCCUCGAGAGUGGGGACUCUGCUGUUGAGACUAACCAAGGCCUUCACACGGUUUACUUGCAUGCUGGGACCAACCCUUUUGAAGUCAUCAACCAAGCUGUCAAGGCUGUGGAAAAGUACUUGCAAACUUUUGUUCACCGUGAGAAGAAAAGAUUGCCAUCUUUUGUUGACUGGUUUGGCUGGUGUACAUGGGAUGCUUUCUAUACAGAUGUCACAGCUGAGGGUGUUGAGGAAGGCCUGAACAGCUUAUCUAAGGGAGGUACACCUCCACGGUUCCUCAUCAUAGAUGAUGGUUGGCAACAGAUUGAAAGUAAACAAAAGGAUGCUGAUUGCGUUGUACAAGAAGGAGCACAGUUUGCUACAAGGUUGACUGGUAUCAAAGAAAACACUAAAUUUCAAAAGAAUGGACAGAACAGCGAGCAAACAUCAGGUCUCAAGCAUCUUGUAGAAGGAGUAAAGAAGCAUCACAAUGUGAAAAAUGUUUAUGUAUGGCAUGCUCUAGCUGGUUAUUGGGGUGGUGUGAAGCCAGCAGCAGUUGGCAUGGAACAUUAUGACACUGCCUUGGCAUAUCCAGUCCAGUCACCUGGUGUACUUGGAAACCAACCAGACAUUGUCAUGGACAGCUUGGCUGUACAUGGUUUAGGCCUAGUGCACCCAAAAAAGGUUUUCAAUUUCUACAAUGAGCUCCAUGCUUACUUAGUUUCGUGUGGAGUGGAUGGAGUGAAGGUUGAUGUGCAGAACAUCAUUGAGACCCUUGGUGCUGGACACGGUGGCAGAGUCUCACUCACACGCAGCUAUCAUCAUGCGCUGGAGGCUUCCAUUGCUCGUAACUUUGCCGACAAUGGAUGCAUUGCGUGCAUGUGUCACAAUACUGAUGGACUUUAUUGUUCGAAGCAGACCGCUGUUGUGAGAGCCUCUGAUGAUUUUUACCCUCAUGAUCCUGCUUCCCACACCAUCCAUAUUUCAUCUGUUGCAUACAACUCUCUCUUCCUUGGAGAAUUUAUGCAAACAGAUUGGGACAUGUUCCAUAGUUUACACCCAGCAGCAGAGUAUCAUGCUGCGGCUCGUGCAAUUGGUGGAUGUCCAAUUUAUGUUAGUGACAAGCCAGGUAAUCACAAUUUCGAUCUCCUGAAGAAGCUAGUUCUCCCGGAUGGUUCGGUUAUCCGUGCUCAGUUACCGGGAAGGCCUACCCGUGACUCUCUCUUUGUUGAUCCAGCGAGAGAUGGGACUAGCAUGCUCAAAAUAUGGAACUUGAACAAGUGCAGUGGAGUUGUUGGUGUGUUUAACUGCCAAGGUGCUGGAUGGUGCAAGGUUGAGAAGAAAACUCGCAUCCAUGAUGCAUCUCCUGGUACACUCAGUGGCUCUGUUUGUGCCUCUGAUGUUGACCUCAUCCCCCAAGUUGCUGGUCUUGAAUGGUCUGGCGAGACUAUUGUUUAUGCUUAUAGAUCAGGUGAGGUUAUUCGGCUACCAAAAGGAGUUUCUGUUCCAGUGACACUAAGAGUUUUGGAGUUUGAACUUUUCCAUUUCUGUCCAAUCCAUGAAAUAGCACCAGGUAUUUCCUUUGCAGCAAUAGGGCUACUGGAUAUGUUUAACACUGGAGGAGCUGUGGAGCAGGUUGAAAUCAACAAACCAGAACUAUUUGAUGGUGAGGUGAGUUCUAACACAGCAACUAUUGCUCUGAAAGUCAGAGGAAAUGGCAGAUUUGGGGUAUACUCCUCCCAGAGCCCGUUGAAGUGUGCAGUAGAUGGCAGUGAAACCGACUUUUUCUAUGACUCAGAGACAGGGUUGACAACCUUCUUGAUCCCAGUUCCUUCAGAGGAGUUGUAUAGAUGGUCAAUAGAGAUCCAAGUUUAAGUCACCAAUCAUUAACACUAGGCAUUAAGUGCAUUGUUUAGGGAGAUGGGUUUUGUUGUAAUAUUCGACAUUUGGUACUAUGUAGCUAAGGGUGGGGGAAAUGCCUUGGUUGCAAUGUCAAAUGUAUAAUUAAGAGUAGCGUGUCAUCCGUGGGGAGAGAAAUCAUGUUGUUUGCCCAUUAUGUGUUUGUUUCUUUUGAAUAAAAAGUUCACAUCAAGUGGUUGAGUAUGGUCCAGUUUGGUUUUUGUUUUGUGCAUGUGGAGUCUUAUUGUCUCAUGGUUAUCAAGAGGUUGAUUAAUAAAGAUUGUCCAAGCAUGUACUUUUUUUUUUA